AUGGAUUGGGGUAGGCAUCCUGGCGAAUGCCCCUUUUCAUGCUGCUGGUAUUUACUCCAGCAGUGCCAUAGAAGAAAGCGCGAUGGAUCAGUGGUGUCCUCCUAUUUCACUUCUUCACGUGCUCUGGUCUACUCGACACAGAGGAAGGACAAGAAAUAUCUUCACCGGAAACGAGAUGCAAACAUUUUGGUGGCCAAGAUGGGUGUUACAGAAGCAUCCUCAGCCUCAAUGGAUAUCAAGACUUUGGAUACUCCUUCCAAAGCUAUCGUUCUUGAGAAACCUCCCCUCUACAAUUUCAUUCAUUUUGCCUGUCAUGGUGUCUCAGACCCAAGAGAUCCUUUGAAGAGCCAUCUUCUUCUGGACGACGGUGCCCUUACCGUCCAGGAGAUAUUCUAUGCCCACUCUGCCGGGCCAGAAGUGGUCUUCUUGUCUGCCUGUUCCACCGCGGAAGGCCAAGAUGCGCGAGUGGUUGAUGAAUCAAUCCACUUCGCCAGCGCAUCUUCAUGA